CUUUGCACAGGCGUCCCAGCUCCUUGCCCAGCCUCUCCUGCCUCUUGAGGAGCCCAGGAAAAAAAAAAAAGAACUGAACCAAAACAUUGAGCCCAGAGUCAAGUGUUCAUGAGACUCGGGAUUUUGGGGAAUUAAGAGAAUUUAUCUCUUCUGACACUAUGGACCACAUGCAGAUCUGUUGAGAAGAGGAAAGAACAGGGAGACGCACACAGCAGGCACCUGCCACGGAGACAGUCAAAACCAUCGCUAUUUUGGGGAGUAAGGCCGGAAGAGGUCCGUGCCGUAAAGCAGACCAGUUCACAGACUCCCCGUGGUUGUUACUGCUUUUCUAGAUCUCUCUGAAACCACCAUGGACUCGCUCAGAACAGCCACCACUCAAUUUGGGUUUGAUCUUUUCAAAGAGCUGCAGACAUCAAAGGAUGGCAAUGUCUUCUUUUCCCCCCUGGGCAUCUCGACUGCCAUUGGCAUGCUCCUGUUGGGGUCCCAAGGGGCCACUGCCUCCGAAUUACAGAAGAUAUUUCACUCUGAGCAAGAGACAGAAAGCUCCAGCAUAAAGGCUCACGAAAAAGAGGUUGAGAAGACAGAAGAGAUACAUCACCAAUUCCAAAAGUUUUUGACUAAAAUAAGUCAGCUCCCUAAUGAUUAUGAACUGAAUAUAGCCAACAGGCUGUUUGGAGAAAAAACAUAUCUCUUCCUUCAAAAAUACUUAGAUUAUGUUGAAAAAUAUUACCAUGCAUCUCUGGAACCUGUUGAUUUUUUAAAUGCAGCAGAUGAAAGUCGAAAGAAGAUUAAUUCCUGGGUUGAAAGCCAAACAAAUGAAAAAAUCAAGGACCUCUUUCCAGUUGGCUCCUUUAAUGGCUCCACCAAGCUGGUGCUGAUUAACACAGUUUAUUUCAAAGGGCAGUGGGACAGGGAGUUCCAGAAAGAAAACACGAGGGAGGAAGAGUUCUGGCUGAAUAAGAGCACAAGCAAACCCGUGCAGAUGAUGGCCCAGUGCCACUCCUUUGACUUCAAGCUCCUGGAGGACCUACAGGCCAAAAUUGUGGGGAUCCCCUAUAGCAACAAUGACCUCAGCAUGUUCGUGCUUCUGCCCAAUGACAUAGAUGGUCUGGACAAGAUUAUUGACCAACUAUCUCCAGAGAAGCUGAUAGAAUGGACUCGUCCCGAGCACAUGGAGGAACGGAAGGUGGAUCUGCGCUUGCCCCGCUUCCAGGUGGAGGAGAGCUAUGACCUUGAGCCGGUGCUGAAGGUCAUGGGCCUGCGCCACGCCUUCGAGCCCGGCGCCGACUUCUCGGGGCUGUGCGCGCGCUCGGGGCUGCACGCGCAGACGUUCCUGCACCGGGCCUUCCUGGCGGUGACCGAGGACGGCGCCCAGGCGACGGCUGGCACCGGCAUCGGCCACACGGUGUCAUCAGCCGCAGGCUGUGAACGCGUGCACUGCCACCACCCUUUCCUGUUCUUCAUCAGACACAGGGCGUCCAGCAACGUGCUCUUUUUCGGCAGGUUCUCUUCUCCCUGAUCGCCAGGGCCGGGGCGGGGUGGCUUCCCUCGGAAAGCAAGCAGCAAGCGCCGUGGAAAUCACCGUGCGCUGAAGGGCCGUUUCUUUUUGCGUGCGCUCCAAGCUCGGACGGAAUCCACGGUGUCGUCGUGCGUUUCCAUCGCUUUCCUUGGAAGUGA